AUGGUCACAAUAAACACUAGACCGCCAGCUGACAGAAUAACGACAACCCUUAGCUUCUACAAGAGGGACAGAUGGAGCAGUGAAAUCGGUGGUAUCGCUAGAGCGAAGAUGACUAAAAAUGAUUACACUGAAAGUGGUGUCGGCAAGGAAGACCUUGAACACAUUGAGACACCUGUCAGUAUCUUUGAGCCAAAAGGCUUCGAUAGGGUUGCAGAUGCGGAUCUUCACAACUAA